GAGAGAGAAUAACUAUACCUCACUCUCUCAAAGACUAUAGCUUGGAUCCAAUGUGCCACAAUCUCCUCACCAUAUAAAAAUAUAUAAUCCCCUCAAAAAUUUCAUUUCAUUUCAAUUCAUAAUUUGCAACAAAAGGUACAGAAAGUAUACAUAAAACUUUCACGGAAUUUAGAGAGAGAAAAAAAAGGGAUAAUCACUAUUAUUAUAACCAAACACACAAAUAAAAAUCGAAACAACUCUUCUUUCUUUCUCUCUCUUGUUUGUCAUGUUCCCUGCUUAGAAGUGGGUAGCUCUGUAAAUGUCUUGCAUAACAUUUUUUUUCCUUCCUUUUUUCUCAUCACAUGAAUAAUUGAUCAAACUUUUUAUCAAAAAGAAGUGGGUAUUUUUUUUUUUGUGGUGUCAGAGCUUAAAGAUUAAAUCAAUUAUAUAUAAAAUUAGCUGUUACAUUAUAGAUAUAUAUAUUUAUUGAAGAAAAAAAUUGGGGGAAAAAUAAAUUAAUAAAGGGGUUUACUGAAAUUAGUGAUUGGUGAAGGAAAUGAAUGGUUUUUCAAAUCUUGAAGAUGAGUGCUCUGAGUUCGUUGAAGUUGAUCCAACUGGUAGAUAUGGCAGAUAUAAUGAAAUUCUUGGGAAAGGAGCUUCCAAGAUAGUAUAUAGAGCAUUUGAUGAAUAUGAAGGGAUUGAAGUUGCUUGGAAUCAAGUAAAACUUUAUGAUUUUCUUCAAAGUCCAGAAGAUCUGGAAAGGCUAUACUGUGAGAUUCACCUACUAAAAACAUUGAAACACAAGAAUAUUAUGAAGUUCUACACUUCCUGGGUUGAUACAGCUAAGAGGAAUAUCAACUUUGUUACUGAAAUGUUCACUUCUGGCACUUUAAGACAGUAUAGGCUAAAGCAUAGGAGAGUAAACAUCAGGGCAGUGAAGCACUGGUGUAGGCAGAUCUUAAAAGGGUUACUUUAUCUUCAUAGCCAUGACCCACCAGUGAUUCACAGAGAUCUUAAGUGUGAUAAUAUAUUUGUUAAUGGUAAUCAAGGAGAAGUUAAGAUUGGUGACCUUGGUUUGGCAGCAAUACUCAGGAAAUCUCAUGCUGCUCAUUGUGUCGGAACACCAGAAUUUAUGGCCCCGGAAGUCUAUGAAGAAGAAUACAAUGAAUUGGUUGAUAUUUAUUCAUUUGGGAUGUGCAUACUGGAAAUGGUCACUUUUGAGUAUCCAUAUAGUGAAUGCUCUAAUCCGGCUCAAAUCUACAAAAAAGUUAUCUCUGGUAAGAAGCCUAAUGCUUUGUACAAAGUGAAAGAUCCAGAGGUGCGGCAAUUCAUUGAUAAAUGUCUGGCAACUGUCUCAUCAAGGCUCUCGGCAAGAGAACUUUUGAAUGACCCAUUUCUCCAAAUUGAUGAUUAUGAUGAUGAUUCAAGGCCAACUGAGUGCCAAAGUGAAUUUGAUGAUCUCGGUUCUUUAAUGAGACAGCCUUCUUUCCUUGAACAUUACAACAGUGACAGCUCCUACCUUAAUGGGUACUCCAAUGGCAUUGAUUUGGAAUUCUAUGAGUGGGGGUAUCAUCCAAGUGAGAUUGAAAGUUCUGGUAUUGACUUAUUUGAACACCAUGAGGAUGACCAUUCUGCAGAUGUCGACAUCACCAUUAAAGGAAAGAGAAGGGAAGAUGGCAGCAUCUUUUUACGACUUAGAAUAGCUGAUAAAGAAGGACGCAUCAGGAAUAUUUACUUUCCUUUUGACAUCGAAUUGGAUACAGCUUUAAGUGUUGCAACUGAAAUGGUUGCUGAGCUUGAAAUUACUGAUCAAGAUGUAACUAGCAUUGCAGAUAUGAUUGAUGGGGAAAUAUCCGCGCUGGUACCUGGCUGGAAGAAAGGUCCAGGAUAUGAAGAAACUCCCUGCUUUUCUGAUAUGAAAUUGUGUGAAAAUUGUGCUUCUACCCAUACUUCAAUAGGCUCCUUGAUGGAUUUUUUGUCGAGCAAUCCUGGAGCGUUCAACCCAGCAUUUUUAGAAUGCCCUAAUGGUUGUGCUGCUGCUAUACAUGGAAGGUUCGAAGAGAUCACAUUUCAAGUUGAUGCUUCUGAUGAUCAUGGAGUGGAAGCUUCAGAACUAUCCACUUCAUGCCACACUAAUGGUGGUAAUCAUGGUGUAACUUGGGGUGGUUGUGAAAGUGUGGAACUUAGCUCACCUGGCUCUGGAGGAAUUCAUUCCGAUGAAGAGCAUGAAAAAUCAGGCCACCCUGGUUUGCCUAAGGUUGAAAACAGUGUAGAAAACCCGACCCAAUAUGUAUCCAAUGAUGGUGAAAAUGAAGUUCAGUGGGGGCUCAGAUGGCUUAAAGCCAAGUACCAAAUAGAGUUGAGAGAAGUCAAAGACCAGCAGCUCGGGAUAUCAUCAAAAUCCUCAACCCCGCGUUCCUGUCAUGGAGAUCAUGAUCAAGGAGAUGACAGGUUUACACAAUCUUUACACCUUAACCUGUUAUUAGAACAUGAAAGAAGGAUCUUGCAAUCAGAGUCUGACAGUCUUCAGCAUUCAUUAAACAUCGAAGAUUUACAUAAGAGCUGCCCCAAACACGAAAGAAGUGUCUUGCAGUCAGAGUCUGAGAGUGUUCAGCAUUCAUCAAAUAUCGAAGACUUAAAAAAGAGCUGCCCCAUUUCAAGAAUCCCAAGGAUUCAGAAAUGCGAGGCGAUGGAAGGUUCUUAUACUACACAAAAUUUGGCUACUACAAAGAACUUUACUGGUUCACUCUUACCAAGUGCUCUUCACAGGACUAUAUCACUUCCUGUUGAUGCUGUUUAUAUAUAAUAAAAUCUGUGAGGUGUUUAUAUGAUUCUUUUUAUUAUCAACUUUGAUACCAAUUAUAGAGCCUGGCCUGUAUAAACCAUAUCAGUAUCCCGAUUUUUGUCAAGAAAUUGGGAGGAGUUGUGGUAGCUAUUUAUGAGAUAUUUAGUCAAUUUUUUUCUGAGAGACUUGUAAAAUCUCCCGGGUUAGCGAUGUUUGGGUUCA